CUGCAGAACCAGUCAUUUGGCGACGUGUACCCGGUCUGUGUGUGAAAGUGUUCAGGUGUCUCGUCUCUGCUGUGGGAACAGUUCGUCAGAAAAAGACUCUACAACCUCCGAACAGCCGAACCAUGGGCGGUUCGCAGAGCGUGGAGAUACCGGGGGGAGGCUCGGAGGGCUACCACGUCCUGCGUGUUCAGGAGAACUCACCUGGACACCGUGCAGGACUGGAACCAUUCUUUGACUUCAUUGUCUCCAUCAAUCACACCAGACUGAACAAGGACAACGACACCUUGAAGGACUUGCUCAAAGCCAGUGUGGAGAAACCAGUGAAGAUGCUGGUUUACUCCUCAAAGACUCUGGAACUGCGUGAGACCACUGUGACGCCCAGCAACUUGUGGGGGGGCCAGGGCUUGCUCGGUGUCUCCAUUCGCUUUUGCAGCUUUGAAGGAGCCAAUGAAAAUGUUUGGCAUGUGCUGGAAGUGGAGCCGAACUCCCCUGCAGCCCUCGCUGGCCUGCGGCCACACACGGACUACAUCAUUGGAGCCGACACCGUCAUGAAUGAGUCCGAGGACUUAUUCUCUCUGAUAGAGAGCCACGAGGGAAAGGGCCUGAAGCUCUAUGUGUACAACACAGAUACUGACAACUGCAGAGAGGUGGUCAUUACACCUAACGGUGCCUGGGGAGGGGAUGGCAGCCUUGGAUGUGGGAUUGGCUACGGAUACCUCCACAGAAUCCCCACCCGGCCUUUUGAGGAGGGGAAGAAGAUCAGCUUCCCUGGGAAUUCUACCAGUGAGCCCGUCAGUCCGCUCAAGGAUGGAUUCACUGAGGUCCAGCUCUCAGCCGUGACCCCACCCACCUCUACACCUGCCGUCUCCGCUGGCCUUGAAGACUCGUUGUCUGGCCUGUCAAUCAGCUCAGCCCCACCCACUCUGCCCAGUGAGCUGCAAACAGGCCUGCCCACCGUCCCUCUCCUGCCCUCCUCCACCAGCCCUUCCUUCAGCUCCAUCGCUCCACUGAACCCUGCCGCCGCCACCUUCAACCCGGCCUCAACACUGCCAGGACUGAUGCCCCUCUCAGGAGGACUACCUCUCCCCAACCUUCCCAACCUGAACCUGCCCCUCCCAGACCUCAGCACUAUUUCAGUUCCAGCAGCAGUCCCGCCUCUAGCUUCACUGCCCCCCCUGAACAUACCAGGUCUCGCCUCAUUUCCCCCCCUGCCAGCCAUGCUGCCCUCCCAGCUGCCUUCUCUGCUCUCCCACGGCAUGCCCCCCACCUCCAGCCCACCCCCAGCCUCAGUCACAGUCACCGCUGCGCCCGUGACCGGUCCAGCCGUGGAUUGUGUACCCCCAACAGACGCAGACUCCAGGAAGGCCACAGAAUUGCCUGUUCCCACGGAAACAUCGAUGUCAUCAUAACGAGGAGGGGAGGAUAGCCCCCCACCACCUAGUCAAACCGUAAACGCACCCAGUUCCUCUUUUCUCCUUCUGUCUUUAGGUGUUUUCUAUUUAUUUGGCCAGGAGCGAGCAGGCACUCAGACACUAUGAAGGGAGGGGUGUGUGUGUGUGUGUGUGUGUGUGUGUGUGUGUGUGUGUGUGUGUGUGUGUGUGUGUGUGUGUGUGUGUGUGUGUGGACAGUGUAGCGCUGCAGCUCGUCUAAGCUGCUGCGUAAAUGAAGAGCAGGUCUAGUCUUUGGUUUGUUUGCUUUAACUCCUGCAGUCACAACAAACCAGAACUUUCUUUGACUUUUCCUUUUUCUGACUGGGCCUUUUUUUUUCUUCUUCUUCUUCUUCUUUUUUAUACAUAUAUAAGCAUUGUACGAUAAAGGAGCUGGAUAAUGAACAGAUUUUACUGAAGUGGGCUUACAAAGAAAUUAAUCUGCACUGCUGUAGUAAAAACAUAUGUAACUGUAAACAUGUAAAUUUUGUCCUAUUGUCCAGCUCUACAGUGUAACCUUUUUAUGAGAGUUUUCCCUCCGAUCAGUAGAGUCAUUAAACAAAUGCAUAAUUCUUUUCUGUUAAAGUUUCAGUGAAUGAAUCUGCAUUAUUUUGCACCUUUUUUUUUUGCGUUUUGAAACGAUUGUCCCUCUAAGACCCCAUGUAUAUGCAGACCUACACAUCGUUGUUACAGUCAGUAACAGGCUGACGGCCUCGCCUGAGGAGACACACACACGGUGGAGCUUCUCAGCAGUGGAUGGACUUGCCGUUCGGUGACCCCGUUAUUUAACUGGUCCCCAUUAAAAGGGUCAAAGCGGAUUGUUGGGCAGAGCUGCAGUAAAGCCACAGGGUGUUUCUGUAUGAACUGGAUGCACAGCGCGAGCAAUAAAAGCCAAAUGAAUUUUA